UAUAUAUUAAUCAAAAUAGUUUCGAUCAUUUUCUACAACAUUUUUCAAUAUAUUUGGCAACAUGACGAUAUCAUGUCGAAGGAACUUAUAUUGCUUUGGCAGCGAUCCAUCCAUCGAUCCAUUGUUGCCAUUGUUCAGCCGCGUGCCACACAAGCCAUGCUGUACCGAGCUAAACAAGUCAUAAUCAGAAGUUGUCAUGUCUGGUGAGUAUGCUGAGUAUGGCAGAACUCCCCAUUCCAACUGCAACAAUGAAUUCGGGACAAUUGUUGGAACAAGUCGUCAAAAAGGGGCGUUUUCAGUCAAUUCGUGUCACCAGUUUUAAACCGUUGAAUCCAAAACUGACAAUUCGGAUUUCAUGGAGCAGCAUCGUCUUAAGCCGUUGAACUUGUUUCGUGGGUUUCGGCAGAAGAUUUCUCCAACUAAACCACAGAAAAAUUUUUAGUUGCUGAUUCCAGUUUGUUUACUGCAAAUGUGAAAAUAUAUGCAUUGCAAUUUACGCUCUCAUACGUUAAAUAAGUAAACACAAAUGCGAGACUUUAGUUACUGUUAUUGCACUUGACUACGACGAGAAGGAUGUCACUUGCAAGUAUACACAAUGGAAUCCUUUGAAAAGUCUCUUUCCGUAGCGAUUAAAAAGGAAGAAAAAGAAUUUAAUGAGAUAGAUGCGAUAAGUGCUUUUACUAAUUACGUGUCCUCAGAUAUAAGUGUUAAAAAUGAGCCCAUUACCAGUGAUCUUCCUUAUGAAAACCAAUUGAAAGGUGUUACUGUAUGUAAAUAUGAACACUCAGAAAGUGACUUAUUAGUAGAAUCUAUACAAAAAAGGGAAUCAGAACUAAGCGAAGUAGUUGAAAUGCCGAUUGAAAAUUCAGCAGCACCGGCCAUCGUUUUAAAUAAACAAAUUGAUCUAAAGCGCAACUCAAUUAUGAAAAACGGCUUACCUAUCAAGAAACAAAACAGAGAGGCAACAAUAGAAACGGUAACUAGAGAAGUGACGGACUCACAAUCGGGCGAUAUAGGGAUUGAAAAAGUACUCGAAGAAAUAACAUCAGAAUUUCUUACACGAAAUGAAAGCCAUCCUUCGAACGUUAAUGUAACGACACCGAUAGAAAUAAAAGUGAAAUGCUUAUGUCGUUUAGGUAUAAAUCCCUUAUCACCGGGGGACAGUAAGGAUUUGAUAAGUUUUUUCGAUUACCUUUUCAAAGAGACGCGAUGUUUAUCACUUAAGCAACAACGUAUUAUAAAGUUAUCUCUACUGCAAGCGAUAUGUGGAGCUGAAAAUUGUAUGGAGGAAGGCAAAAAUUGCCAGCAAUGCUGUCCGUAAUGAGUAAAUUAAGCAAAAGAGUCUUGUAAAUUCAUUCAGAUGAAACCCGAUCGGAGCUAAAAAUAUAUUUAAAGAUUGCCAAGUAGUUUCAUUUAUUAUUUUAUUAAAAGUUUCUUAAGUAUUUA